AUGGAGUACCACAGAAAAACUACCCCCUGCCCUACUAACAGUGAUCGUAUGGAGUACCACAGAAGCACUACCCCCUGCCCUACUAACAGUGAUCGUAUGGAGUACCACAGAAGCACUACCCCCUGCCCUACUAGCAGUGAUCGUAUGGAGUACCACAGAAGCACUACCCCCUGCCCUACUAGCAGUGAUCUGAUCCUAUGGAGUACCACAGAAGCACUACCCCCUGCUCUACUAACAGUGAUCGCAUGGAGUACCACAGAAGCACUACCCCCUACCCUACUAACAGUGAUCGUAUGGAGUACCACAGAAGCACUACCCCCUGCCCUACUAACAGUGAUCGUAUGGAGUACCACAGAAGCACUACCCCCUGCCCUACUAGCAGGUGAUCGUAUGGAGUACCACAGAAGCACUACCCCCUACCCUACUAACAGUGAUCGUAUGGAGUACCACAGAAGCACUACCCCCUACCCUACUAACAGUGAUCGUAUGGAGUACCACAGAAGCACUACCCCCUGCCCUACUAACAGUGAUCGUAUGGAGUACCACAGAAGCACUACCCCCUGCCCUACUAACAGUGAUCGUAUGGAGUACCACAGAAGCACUACCCCCUGCCCUACUAACAGUGAUCGUAUGGAGUACCACAGAAGCACUACCCCCUGCCCUACUAACAGUGAUCGUAUGGAGUACCACAGAAACACUACCCCCUGCCCUACUAACAGUGAUCGUAUGGAGUACCACAGAAGCACUACCCCCUGCCCUACUAACAGUGAUCGUAUGGAGUACCACAGAAGCACUACCCCCUACCCUACUAACAGUGAUCGUAUGGAGUACCACAGAAGCACUACCCCCUGCCCUACUAACAGUGAUCGUAUGGAGUACCACAGAAGCACUACCCCCUGCCCUACUACCAGUGAUCGUAUGGAGUACCACAGAAGCACUACCCCCUGCCCUACUAACAGUGAUCGUAUGGAGUACCACAGAAGCACUACCCCCUACCCUACUAGCAGGUGA